AUGCAUCGAAUCAGUAUCCUGCUGGUGAGCUUGUGUCUAGCUGUGGCCGCAGCGAGCCCAACAUGGCAAGAGCGUAUCGCCGGAGGCACAGAUGCCGGCGAUGGACAGUUCCCUUACAUGGUAUCGUUACGGGACCAGCAGCGGAUGCAUUUCUGUGGCGGAGCUAUUUUGAACAAUCGAUGGGUAAUUACGGGAGCUAAGUGUGUUUCGGGAAAGGAUCCGGCGGAAAUACUGGUUCUGACAGGCAGCCAGAGUCUGAUGCGAGGUGGAACUAAUCAUCAAGCUGACAGGAUCAUCAUUCAUCCGAACUUCAACUAUCUCGCAAAUGAUGUGGCAGUUGUUCGAGUGCGAACGCCAAUAAUGCUCUCGGCCGAUACAUUCGCUCUUCGGUUGGCCAGUUAUCGCAUAGACACGGCCAUUGGAGCUGUGCUUUCCGGCUGGGGUCGUCGUUCGCUGGGCAGUCCUGCCUUCCCGGAUUGGCUGCAAUAUCUCACGACACAAGUAAUUUCAUUGGAGUCCUGCAGAGACCACUUCAACGAUGAACUGAUUCCGGAUGUUGUAAUGUGUACAACUUAUCCUGCGGGCCGAAGCGCCUGUGUGGGUGACGCAGGCUCUCCGUUGGUUUACGGUGGCGAACUGCACGGUAUCGUGUCCUGGGGGAUGUCCUGCGGAGGUGCUCAUCCGGAUGUGUUUACACGAGUAUCUAGCCAGCGAGGAUGGGUUCUGGCGCACACCAUGCAAUAG